AUGAAAUUAAAAGACAUUACCUAUGAAGACGUCAUGAAAUUUAUGGAUUUACCUGCAUUGCAAAAAGCACAAAUUACGGCAGCUCGUUCCUUAGCAUUGAUCAGUCCAGCAUUCAAGCAUGCAGAGUUGUGGGGCUAUCGUCCAAGAGGCUCUAAUCCAUGUAUUGGUGUGCCCAAGAAAGCAACUGGGAAGAAGGAAAAUUUUUUAACUGACACGGAAAGAGAUAGACUUGAAACGAUCUUACUUGACCGCACAUUGCAUAAAGGACAUUCAAUUUAUGCUGUUUCUGCCAUAUUGAUGUUAAUGUAUACAGGAUGCCGUCGUUCAGAGAUUACGACAUUAAAGUGGGAAGAUGUUCAUUUACAAGAUAAGUAUCUUUAUUUUAAAAAUUCUAAAACAGGAACAAAGACAGUCCCCUUAAAUCCCAAAGCAAUUGCGGUUUUAGAGAGCUUAGAGCGUAAAAACUUCAACCCAUAUGUAUUUUGUGGAAAAUAUCCCAGGACACAUAUUCAAGAGAUUCGCAAAGCGUGGGAAAAAAUCAGAAAGUUAGCAGAUUUAGAAGAUGUUCGCCUUCACGACCUACGUCAUAGCUUUGCCUCUUUUGCCUUGAAACAAGGGGUAGAUUUGUAUACAGUUUCUAAACUUUUGGGACAUAAGAAUAUUGCCACAACGACGCGCUAUGCCCAUUUGGAACUGGAUCAUUUAAAAGAGGCCACCAAUAAGAUCUUUGCAUAG